CGGUCCUUCGUUAUGUCGUCGGUGUAUUCCAUCGCAAUGCUUGGUUACAGGUUAUUUAGGCGACGGGAGACGCGGAAUGGACUGUCUCUCAGGCCUUCGAGAAUGGGUUGGAAAGAUGGAACAAUGUUUCGAUACUUUCGGGAGAUAUUGUCCGUGGCACUUUCAUCGGGAAUCCACGCAUGUGUUGGACUCGGGGAAUGCGAGAUCAGGGCCAGGGCACUUGCUUGGUAGAGAAUAUAUGCUCUGGGGCAAGGUGCGACCACUUUAAGUGACAUAAGAUCGGUUUAAAGAAACGUAGGUUGUUUGACGGGCCGACUGUCAUGGCCACUUUGAGUUCGAUCAGCUGACCAUGGGAAACGCGUGGCGCCAUCUCUCGUGUUUCCAUGGAUCCGCGGCAGCAAGAAUAUUCGCGUGUCGGAGACCGGUGGAAAUUUUAUUUUCCUAUAGAAAUCGAAAAGCAGAGACACGCCGCGUAUUUAGACCUUUUAAGAGUGUGCGGAAAAUAGACUGGUGAAUUCGGAAGGGAAAUGUCGAAACUUAUUCGCGUUGACUUUGAAGUUUUCGGGACGGUGCAGGGAGUAUUCUUCAGAAAGAACACACAAAAACGAGGAGAAGAACUGGGCCUAAAAGGAUGGUGCAUGAAUACCAAGAAUGGAACGGUCGUUGGCAGACUGGAAGGCGAGAAAAGUAAAAUAGAAGAAAUGAAACACUGGCUAAGCAAAGUAGGAAGUAAAAAUUCUGUCAUCGACAAGGCUGAAUUUCGAAACGAGCAGGAAAUCAACGUACCUUCCUUUACAGGCUUCAGUAUUAAACAUUAGACACGCCAUUGCAUAACUUUUCAUUAAAUGAUUGCUAAAGACUACUUUCCUCUGUAGUUUAAGGUAUAACAUUGAUUCCAAAGAAUA